GGAAGGAUGUCACUCUUGUGAAAUGGAAUGAAGUUUCACAAAGUGUCCUGUUUUGGAAUGAAGUACAUAACUACAUGGACGAGUCACAUUGUAAUUCAUUCAAGGAUUGGCAGUUUGCUUUAUCAGUUCUCGUCAUACCCCACUCUAAUGCCGAAGUAGAAAGGAUAUUCAGCCAGUUAUAUAUAGUGAAAAAUAAACUUCGAAACUGUUCUUGCAAUGCGAGCAGGUUGGAAAAGAAAUAAAGUCUUGUUUUGAAUAUGAAAUACCGGCUGAUGUCUUGAAAUUGAUUGGAACUAGAAAUGCAUACGUCUGUGAACCAAUCCUGAAAUCAACACCAAGAACAAGUACAUCUUGAGAGGAAACAGAGGUAGAGGAAUUAAAUGAUUCCUCUCUCUUCCUGCUUUAGAGAUGAAGCAGAUGAAGAGGGCGAUGAUUACGAGACAGCCAUCAAUGCUACUGGUUAUGGUUUUUUUCACUACUGGUUGGUGGUUAUUGCAGGCUUUGCAAAUGCAAGUGAUGCAAUAGAGAUCUUGUGUGUGUCCAUUCUUCUGCCUGCAGCACAAUGUGACUUACAUAUGAAUUCAAGUGAUAAAGGCUGGCUUAGUGCUAUUGUAUUCUUAGGGAUGAUGGUUGGUGGCUACAUAUGGGGUUGUCUGGGUGACAUAUAUGGACGACGGACUAUCCUCAUUGUCUCACUCCUGGUGAAUGCCAUUGCUGGUGUUAUAUCAUCUUUUAUGCAGACUUUUCCACUCUUCCUUUGUUUCAGGUUUAUAUCUGGCCUAGGGUAAGUAAAUUUUGAGAAAUUUGUAUAUUAUUCUUGUAGAUUUACACAGGAAAAAAAGGGGUUCUCAAAAAUAAUAAAUGUCUUUUAGUACCACAUUGCUAAGCAGGAUGCACAGACCAGAAGGUAAAUUCUUCAUGCUGCAAUCAACCCUCUCACUUAGUUGAAUCAAGUCUUAUAGAUUCAAUUCCAUUUGCUGUGAGAGUUUUUCUUGGGAUUUGAAAGCCAUCAUACAUAAAGGACAGCCAUACUCAUGCCAUUUCUUUCAGUUCCUGCCAUGACACUGAAUUAACAAAAGUUUUCCAUGGUCUUAGUUAUGCAAUACAGUACAGUAUAGUACUACAUCCAGUGUUUCCAUGUGAAUCAAUCAAGGAGAAUGAUUACUAUGCUGACAUUACACUGUUUCUUCUCUGUUUAUUAUUUCUAUGUUAGUUCUCAUGGAUGUCAAACAGUCAUUUAACACUUUCAAAGCUUAUAAUGUUAAAGUCAGUGGCAUUUGAUUUAGUCAUUUGUCAGUCUAUUUAGUGUGAUCAUUUUGAUAAGGUAUGUUUUUCAUAACCCAAGGUGGUUAGUAAGUGGCACUGACACACUCCUACUGUUGCAAUUUUUUUUAAUUCUUGCACGAAUAACAUGUAAGUUUGUAAUUUUAAAAACACAUAUUUGCAGUGAGUUGUAGGCUAUGCCACCUUCCCUAAGUGAACAGGUCAAUUUUGCUAAUGCUGGAUUUAUUUCAACGUGCACAGACUUAUAUUGUAAGGAUUCAUAGUUCUGAAUAUAAUGAUGUAUUUGUCAACUGUUUACCUCUUAUUUUGAAAGAAUUUUACACCUUUUUGGUUUCAGUAAAUGAAACUUGGGAAAUCUUAUGAGGAACUUGAUCACUGAAAUAACUUGGAACUGUCAUGCAAGAACUAACCAGUAUUUAUUGUCAUAAACAAGAGAUAUCCUGUGAAUACUGUACCACGUUACAUGUUUUCAAGGAUACUAAUCAAACCCCAAUAGUUUAGAGUUAAUCAUGUUAACCCGUAAAAGGUCACAUUAUUAUACAUACAGUAAGUCUUCGCUUAACAUCGGGGUUACGUUCCUGAAAAUGCGACGUUAUACGAAACAAUGUUA